GAGAGUAGCGUUAGCUCAGCCAGUGGUGUGUUAAAUUGAUAACACUUUUUUUAAUCGUAACAGAUAAGUUGGAGCAUGUUUCUUUUUUUAUUUUCACAUGGAUAACAGCGACUCUUGAGAACAAGUAAUUAUCAUUGACUUUUCCUGUAUUUUCAAACGAAUAAUGGUCAUUUUUUUCAACUGAAUGUGGGGUAAAGGUUUCCAAUUUCAUCGGUGGCAACAUAAAAGGAAAUUAAGUUUCAAUGAUGCGAACGUCCGAUCGUCACAACGUUUUCAGCAGAUAACAUUAUCCACCUACCCGCAUACGAGGUUUGCUUCUACUUCACAAACUGAGGCGCAUCCCUCAUUGCAUCCGUCUGAGGGUAUCCGAACGCACCUGCUCAUUCAUCGUCAACUGCUCGACAACAUACCGACAGGCCAUUGGACGAACCACGCCCUUACCACCACCGAGCAACGCUCAGGGGUGCAUACUACCAGGCCACACCCACCUGCUAUUACCCCUGUCUCUCUGUAGUAGAUCUUCACCGGCCACUCCGUCAUACAUGAACCACAUGCCUAACCGUCAUCACUCUCACUAUGUCGCCAACGGAGAGAUCGAUGAUGACAUAACAAACCCCAUACACCUGAAACCCCUGCCGACGCUCCCGGUGCCGCCUCUUCGCCAGAGUCUCGAGAAAUAUCUGAAAUGUCUGAUACCUCUCGUCUCCAGGGAUCAGCAUGAACGAACCACGGCACUCGUCAACAAGUUCCUCAAGCCAGGGGGAGAAGGGGAGGUACUGCAGAAGAAGAUACUCGAAAUAAGAGAAUCAAAAACUAACUGGACUUAUGACUAUUGGUUAGAUGACAUGUACCUGAAAGUUCGGUACGCCUUGCCUAUCAACAGCAAUCCUGGUAUGGUCUUUCCCAAACAACACUUCAAAGAUGAGGGUCAAAGGUUACGGUUUGCCGCCAAACUAAUAUCCGGUAUUUUGGACUACAAGGUUGUUAUUGAUGCGCGAGCGUUACCCGUCGACCGGGCCAGGCACAACAAACCAGGUCAACCGCUUUGUAUGGAGCAGUACUACCGACUAUUCUCAUCCUACCGGGUACCCGGUCUUUUCAAGGAUGAAUUAGUCUCGCCGGGUAGCAGUCUCAUGCCCGAACCGGAACACAUCAUUGUCAUAUGUAAAAACCAGUUUUUUGUCUUAGACGUCAUAAUCAACUUCAAACGACUAAGCGACCAAGAUCUCAUAAGUCAACUCAAAAGAAUACUAGAUGCUGCCAAAGAACAUCCCGACUCCGUCCCGUUGGGUCUCUUAACCACCGCCGACAGACCAACAUGGGCUGGUUCAAGGGCGAGAUUAAUAGAAGAUUCAACGAAUCGUGAUUCACUGGACAUGAUAGAGCGGUGUAUAUUCGUCCUCUGCCUUGACGACCAGAUGGACUACCCUCCACCCGAGGUCGGGAAGCCCAUCGACUCGGACGACGAGCCCCUUGGCCACCAUAUGCUGCACGGUGGCGGGGUCGAUAAGAACACCGGGAACAGGUGGUUUGACAAGACAAUGCAGUUCAUCAUCGGUACCGACGGCCAAUCAGGUCUGAACUACGAGCAUUCCCCGUCAGAAGGAGUAGCUGUCGUACAGUUGGUUGAGCAUCUACUGAAAUACAUUGACUCCGAAACACACAAACGAAAAUUGACAAGGGCACAGUCAAUAUGCGAGCUUCCGAAUCCACGAAAACUCAACUGGAAAAUAUCACCCAUUCUAAUGCAAGACAUCGAAAUAGCCAAGGUCCAGAUAACACAUGCUGUCAACGAUGCUGACGUCAAGCUACUACGGUUCACCCAGUUCGGGAAAAACUUUCCCAAAUCCCAGAACAUGAGUCCAGAUGCCUUUGUACAACUAGCGCUGCAACUAACAUAUUACAGAAUAUACGGACGUCUAACGAGUACGUACGAAAGCGGUUCAACCCGUCGGUUUCAAGAAGGUAGGGUCGACAACAUCCGCGCUGCUUCACCAGAAGCCUUAGAGUUCGUCAGAGCAAUUAAAGGAGAGAGAGAAGCAAACAUAGAGGAAAAGAAGUUUCUAAUGAGAGAAGCCAUAAGGGCACAGACCGAGACAUGUUUACAGACAAUCACCGGGCAAGGCUUCGACUGUCAUCUUCUAUGCCUGAGAGAAGUUAGCAAGGAGAUGGACAUGCCCUUACCGGAUCUUUUCGCGGAUGAAGCUUACGAAAUCAGCAAUAGGUUUUGUCUCUCAACCAGUCAGGUUCUAACCAAACUAGAUACAUUCAUGUGCUACGGGCCCGUGGUCCCAGAUGGUUACGGCGCCUCGUACAACCCACACGAGGACUAUAUACUGUUCGCCAUAGCCUCGUUCAAGUCUUGUCCUUCAACCGACUCACACGUCUUCCGCGCAAAGCUUUACCAAACGCUCAUCGAUAUGCACGAGCUCUGCACGGGGACCAAGCCGACCACCAACAACAACUCCAACGGUUACAUGAAAGGGUAGACCAAGGGGAUGACGAGCCCUGGGUAGAAUCGGCCGAAGAUUCAAAGGGAAUGUUACCCUUGGAACAAGUUAGCUUGUGUGAUACCAUGACAUAAAAAUAUCAAAGAAACAAAUCAAUGAAAGUUUGAGAAAAAAAUAAAAAAAUAUUUUAAAACGUUAUAAGGUUUUAAAUGUUGAGAUCACUAAUGAUGUGGACAUCAUCCUAUUGGGAACGCGAAGAACAUGAGUGAUGUCAUACUCUCUGACAAUUUCGAAUACCAAUAUUAUUUAAAUUCAUGUUAUGAAAUUUAUUCAUAGAUCAGGGGCCGAUUGCACGAAAGGGUCUUU